ACAGGAGCUGUCAGUGAGYAGUUUUAUAAGGACCCUGAUCUGCUUGUUGGCGCUGAGUUGAAUGUGUGGGGCAGGAGAAUGAUCAUCACUGACUGUGACGAGUUCACUAAACAGCACUACCGUUCUAAAUACAGCAUGGAGGACUUCACCCCAGUGCAGUACAAAGACCCCCCAGCCCCAAAGCCCUCGAAGCUGGUGCCCCCCUACAAUGGCUUUGGCUCAGAGGAGGACUCUUUGAGCUCCUGCCAGGGCUUGGUGCCCAAACGCCCACAGAAAGAUUUUCACAAAUUUAUGGUGAAAGACAGAUGUGGCCUAAACAGUAAUACGCUGACCUUCCGAGCCAAGAUGAUGACCACAGAUCCAGUGGACAAAGAGAGGGUGUUCAUCAUCUCCUUCUACCUCUCUGAUGACUCCAUGAGUGUGUUCGAACAGCCUCAYAGGAACUCAGGUGUAGUUGGGGGGAAGUUUCUGGGUCGGCGCCGUGUGAAGAACAGCAAGUCCUCUGAGUACUUCACAGCCCAGGAUCUGUAUGUUGGAGCUACAGUCUGUCUCAAUGGGACAAACUUCCAGCUUCUGAAAGCUGAUGAGUACACUCUGAACUACAUGGAGCAACACUCUGAGGAGUUUCCCAAAGCCAACAUAGACAGCAUCCUCAGCAAACUGCGAUCCCUUCCAGAGGACAAACAGAGUGAAAUCAACAAGUUUCUGUCUCUCAGUGACCCCACYAACUCUGGCUUCAUGUCCUAUGAGUCACUGAGGAGUCUGCUGAUGGACUUGGACUUUAAUCUAUCAGAGCAUGAGAUUCUGGUGUUGAGCAGAAGCUUCUCGGAGCGCCCAAAACCUGAGGUGGAUGUUGGCCGGAUGCUGGCUAUGGCUCAGGACCUCCUGAAGAAGAAAGAUUUUCAGGAUUUUCCCAGCCUGGAAAGAGUGUUCUCACACCACGACCAACAAAAACUGGGCCGUCUUCCUACAAAAAAGAUGAGGACAAUUUGUAAAGCCUUCAAGCUUCCACUGCCAGAGAACUUGCGUGAGGGUCUGCUAAAAACGUUUGCAGAUGAAGCUGAAACCAUCGAUUACCAUGCUUUCCUCGCUGGUAUUAACUGGUCAGAACAUCCUGCUCACCAGUAGUGCCUGAGGACGGUUUAAGAGUAAGUGAGAAGGAGCUGCUUGGAGCAGGCCUGAGAGGAGAAUCAUGGGAACAGGAAGUCUCAGCUGAAUAAGGAUGGCAUGCAGUGAUGAACCAGUCAGCUGACCAGGAGGAGCGAGGAGGCUCAAGAAGAAAACCUGUUUCACCAAGUCUUUGUUUGUAAAAUGAUUCUUUGUUUUUCUUUUCAUGUAGAAGAAGAGGCCUUUGUUACAUUAUAUCCUAUCAUGAAAUGAUGUAAUCCAGUGGUUCUCAACCUUUUUAGACUUGUGUACCCCCUGAGCCAUUUUGUCAUACCACUAGUACCCCUCAGUCAAACGUAAUGAUGAUUCUCCAAAACUAUAAUGAUUAUUAAAUGAAACUUAUUUAUUUAAGCCCCUAGAAUUUUAAAUUAUCAGGCAUUUUAUCUUUUUCAACUCAAAUUAAACAUAAAGAAAAAAAACGUUGCCUUGAAUGUGAAUAAGUAAUUAAAUAAAUAAACCAGGUAAUGGCAGGUGCAGGAUGCAGCAGAGACCAAAAAAUACCCCAAAUGAGUAAAUUCCAUGAAAUUCCACAUUUUAUACAGGAUUCUUUUGAUUUUGUGUCAGUUAUGUGAUUCUGUGUAGAAAACAUAGGACCCUACAUAUCUCACUCUUAUUUUUAUAUAUUUUUUUACACACCUGGGAUAUUUUUCCACGUACCCCCUGUAAUAUGUACACGUACCCCUGGUUGGGAAUCACUGAUGUAAUCUGUAGUUAGUUCCUAGGCUAGAUGCAGGGAAGGAGGAUUAUGUUUGUUUAUGAAUAAACAUGYCAAGUUUAGAAAAACSCUYUCRAUGCACAACAAAAAAGGAGGUUUUUGGAGGAUUAUUGGGGAUCUUUGCUAUAAGAUAUGGACAGUCCUUGGGUCAUUUUGGCCAGGGGACGAUGGGAGGUUUAGAUCAUUUGUAUUUAUCUUAGUUACAUUCCUUUUUGACUUUUUUAGUUUUUGAUUCAGAUUAUUCAGAACAUUUUUAAAGUUCAAUACACUCUUACUUUUUGUUCACUUUAAUAAAUUUUUGCCAACGAGCACAAAACAGA